AGAUGGCAGCACCCACUCGUUAAAUGGUGUUUUAUUUAUACCACAAUAGUACAACAGUAUUCUAAAAUGUUAAAUGUAUUGUCAUUUCGGUCCUUGUAUAAAGAUUUAAAUUAAUAUUCUGGGGUAAUUAAUUCGGAUUUCAUUUGCUAUUGGUCCAAUAUAAACAACGGGUAACAAUAUAAACAACGGGUAACAAUUGAAUGUCACACUAUGUAUUACACAGUGCUACCAUCGAAGCGAGAGAAAAUUUAUGAGACCAAAACAAUCCUAUUGCUACUACGUAAAGAACGCAAUGGAAGCCAGCUGGUCUGGUAAGGUUGCUAAGUCUUUAGUGAUAUUUGGAUCUGGUAUUGCAAUAACGGCUUGUGCUUAUGCAGCGUUCCGAUAUUGGAAGAGAAGAGAAUCGAAAAGUAUUGAUGAAGGAUUUGAAGAUGUUUCCAAAUUGGAAGAGAGUCCUGAAAGGCGAAUUCUUGUACUUGGUUUGGAGAAUGCUGGGAAAAGUACAAUCUUUGCCCAAGUGACAUCUGGAACACUUAAAAGUAAUGAUGUGAAGCCUACUGAAGGUUUCAAUGUAACUUGUCUACACAAUGGAGGCAUAUCAAUCAACAUUUGGGAAAUUGGUGGUAGUGAAAGUGUGCGGAAGUAUUGGGGAAAUUUUAUGCAAGACACGGACCUGCUGGUGUUUGUGGUGGAUGCUUCAGAUCUUCAUAACUUGUCUUUGGCAGUUAAAGAAGUUAAAACUUUGCUGGGAGAUGACAGACUCACUAGAGUUCCAAUUUUAGUAUUAGCUAACAAGCAGGACCAACCAGGUGCAAUGUCCCCUGAGGAGGUAGCAGAUGCCCUGGACCUUGGUAGUAUUCCUUCAUCCAAACACAAGGUCCAGGUGUUAGGAACACAAACUCCUCCAAAUUCUCAUACCAGGCAUCCUUCCAUAGCUGAAGUGGAGCGUGCUCUCCUUGUCAUGAGCGGGGGCAACUAACAGUGUUUCAUACAAGUGACGAGAACUGAAGGUUUUGGCGAGUUCCUUGCUCUUUGCCGCACCCACAUCGCUCCGGGCUGUCACAUAGCCUCAACUUUCACUGUCAUCAGUUAUUUUGCUGCGAUGCCGCCUAGAAUUGAACCGGGUCUUCUGGUUCGGCAACAGGCAAAGGAAUUGAAUACUGAUCUAUGUGCUAGCAACCCUGAGUACUUCCGCAGACAUCCCCACUUACAGUGCUACCAAGAUUUGUUACCAAAGAAACUUUACCUUUUAAAAUUUUAUAUAAACAUCAUCCUUUAACAUUGCAUUGCUCUAACUCUGCAUUUUCCGCUAGGCAUAUCUUUCGAUUUUUAUAACUUCUGAUCAGAACAUUAACGAUAUGGAAUUUUCAAAUUAAUUAUUAAGUGGGUAUUAUAGUCUCCGUGGAUUAUGAUUCAUGUUUACGUUAAUUUAUGGGAAAUGAAAAUAUCCGUUACGUUGGGAUAGCUCGGUUGACCACGUGUAAUUAAAUUUUAAGUACAAAGUAGAGAUCCUGAUGUAAUGUUCGUCUUCAUCACCUGGAGGAUUACGUCAUGCACACAGCAUUGCGUCACUUGCAUAUAGUAAUCUCCACCCUUUCAAAUCACGACCAAGUCUCCAUUUGUACCGAGUAUAAUAGCAUUUACAACAAAUAGGUCUUCCAGCUAGUCUAUUCCCUUGAACUUUUCCCCUCAUGCGUGCUACAUGUCCCGAGCGUGUCAUCCUUCUUGUUUGAGUACAGUUAUGUUCAUCGUAUUUGGUGAGGAGAAAAAAUUAUUAAGUUCAUCAUUAUUAAUUUUACCUGUUAAAGUCGGAACCAUACGUUGCACCAAAGUAAGUGCAAGAUCAUUCAGUAUUUGUGAUAAAAUGUGAGUACAAAUUUUGUAUGAGUCCCGAUUAUCCUACCUAAACGGGACCGAAGAACGGUCUGAUAAUCGAACAUCGAUAAUUGAAAUAACACGGAAGACUUAAUAUUUACUCAGUUUGUAACUUAAUUUACGGCAUUAUUAAAUCGCAAAGGAAAUACGAUAUGACACCAGAUGAAAAAAUGUCACAAACAAAAAUAGUAUUUAUGGGUGCUGUAAGGGAGUAUGAUUUAUUCCGCUACAUGUUGAAUUGACUAUAAAAUGGAGCGUUCCGACACGGUACGUCGAAUAAAACGGAAUGAAUGUCGAAUAAUCGGGACUACUGUAUUUUGGUUGUUAAUGGCGACUUUCUGGUACAUGAAGGGCUGGAACCAACUCACCGUGAGACACGACAUCAGUGUUACGCACUGAAACAUUGCGAUAACUGGAAUGAAAGCCAGUAACAGUUACUUUGCAACAAGAUCUGUACAUUAUGAAUCUUUCGGAUAUUUUUUGUCGGAAUGCAUGAAUAUGUUUACGCGUACCUGCAUGCAGUAAUUUGGGUAAUAUCAACUUUCUGUAGUUUAGAAAGCGUCCAUAAUUACUCCACCUUCUUUUGCAUCAUGUAACUUAACGUUCGACGUUGCCGUAAACAUUAACACGUUUAAACAGAAUGUGUUCACAGUUUGCUGACUCAACACCCGAUAGAGGUGGAGUAUACUAUCGUGACUAGCAUUAAGUACACCAAGUGUUUAGCACUGUAAUGACAAUGUUAACAAAGAAUCCGGCUUAUUCAACGCUAAAGCGCAGGGUUUCGGCUUCAAAUUUUGACAGCGGUUAUCUUAACUGAAAUCUGUCUUCAUUUUUCUUAGUACUUUGAAUUACGCCUUGAUCAAUCCUCUCAAAUCUGUUCUCUGUGCGGUGCAUUAAUCCUUCAGGCCUAGAAGCAAUUAUAUGUACCACCUGCUUUACCAAUCGAUAACUCAGCGUUUUGUAUUUGUGGCUUUCUUAUGGUUCUGAGUGUAAACGGAUUAUUUUCUCAACACCAUGAACCAGCUGUUUUUUCUAAUGGCUAAGCGUUAUGAUUUCUUUGCAGUACGGACUGAAUUAUUAAAUAUUAUUUAGGCAAGCUUCGAUUUCACAGGGUUAAUGUUCUGUUUUAGCCUUAAGACGUGUCUGAGGUCAGCCAGUUACUUUUCAGGUAACUCCAUGUUGUAAUCUACGUUACGUCAAACAUCGUUAAGUAUACCAUAGGUAGAACUAAAUAAAUAAAUGAAUAAAAAUCCA